AUGUUUCUAGUUCAAAUCUUCCGAUGUCCGUGGUUUUUAAUUAGCGUCCUUGUGCCAUGUUAUUGCAGCUUACAAACGGGCUUUUCUAAACUUCAGCGAGGACACAGACUGGACAGGAAACUGAUUCAAUCCUUCCCAGAACUCAGUUUCUUGGAUUGUGUGAUAGAAUGUCUAGUAACAACACGGUGUAAAUCUGUCAACUAUUGCAAAGGGGCUAAUUUCUGUGAAAUUAAUUACGAAAAUAAGACGACAGCAGAGACUAACUACAUGGACAAUGCUGUAUUUGUGUACAGUGAAAAGGAGCACUGGCCUAAGGAGCUGGCUGGAGCUUGUUCGAACUCAACCUGUGAAAUCAACCAGACAUGUAAACACAAGAGAUAUUCCGAGGAUAAAUUCUUUGAAUGUGUUUUGUCAGAUUGUGGAAUACCCGAUCAAAAAGGAAUCAAUUUGAGUUCAAUAAAACGUGAGGACGCCAUUGGCCUACACAGGAGGAUACACGCCUCGUGUGCUGACGGAUACUCCCAGUCUGGUUCAGGACGGCUGAACUGUCAGUCAAACGGAGAGUGGAAAUACAACAUUGUCUGUGAAGAUGUUGAUGAGUGCCAGGAAGACCCUUGCCUCAAUGGCGCCAAUUGCACAAACACACCCGGCUCAUUCACCUGUACAUGUGCCGCCGGUUGGACGGGGAUAGUUUGUAAUGAAGAUGUUGAUGAGUGCCAGAAUGACACUUGCCGCAAUGGAGCCACAUGCACAAACACACCCGGCUCAUUCACCUGUACAUGUAACGCCGGAUGGACGGGGAAAGUUUGUAACGAAGAUAUUAAUGAAUGUCUGGAUAAUCCAUGUCACAACGGAGGAACAUGCAGUAACAACAAUGGAUCUUUCGAGUGUACAUGCGAAGGUGGAUUCACAGGGGCUCUCUGUAAUGAAGAUGUUGAUGAGUGCCAGAAUGACCCUUGCCGCAAUGGAGCCACAUGCACAAACACACCCGGCUCAUUCACCUGUACAUGUAACGCCGGAUGGACGGGGAAAGUUUGUAACGAAGAUAUUAAUGAAUGUCUGGACAAUCCUUGUCACAACAGAGGAACAUGCAGUAACAACGAUGGAUCUUUCAAGUGUACAUGCACAGAUGGAUUCACCGGGGCACUCUGUAAUAAAGUUCUGCCGAACAUUGCAUUACGUAAACCUACCAAACAAUCAUCAACAUUUCAAGACUAUCACGCCACGUAUGCAGUGGAUGGCAAUAGAGGAACUGACGUUGGUGUAGACAAGUGUACAGUUACAGGUGAUGGCGACACCAAUCCGUGGUGGAGGGUGGAUCUACAGAAUGUGUAUUCCAUCACAUCUGUCAGAAUACUCAACAGAGGAGUAGAUACAUACGACGCAGAUUUGUCAUUCCGACUUCGGGAUGUUACCGUCACUGUAGGACUGGCAGAAUCAGACAUCAACACUCCAUGUGGUUUCUUUGCUGGCCCCGGUACCGCGUCACAGCUGGUCGUCAUCGACUGUCCGACAUCAACACAGGGGAGAUUCGUAAAGAUCUCCAAGACAACAGAGGCCCUCACUCUUUGUGAAGUUGAUGUGUUUGGCGUCCCCGUCUUACCAUCAAAUUAA